UUCUCCUCCUAUCCGAGAGGAAGCCAAGAAGAGCUCCGGGGAGAAGCGCACGCACCUCACCCUCCUCGUCGGGAGCGCAGAAAUGGCGACCCUCUCCAUGGUGUCCGUCCCCAUCGCCACCUCCUCCCUGCCCCUCUCCGCCCGAGGCCGCAGUUCAUCCAUCUCCUUCCCCGCACCCAAGAAAGGAGGUAUCGGUCACGGUGGCCUGCGGAUCGAGUGCAUUCGUAUUGGUGGAGUAGAGAUCCCAAACCACAAGAGGGUAGAGUACUCGCUGCAGUACAUUCAUGGCAUUGGGCGGUCACGCUCACGUCAGAUCCUCUUGGACCUCAAUUUUGACAACAAGGUUACCAAGGACCUCUCUGAGGAGGAAGUCAUCACUCUCCGUAAGGAGGUUACCAAGUACAUGAUUGAAGGAGACCUCAAACGGUUUAACCGUGUGGCAAUCGAGAGGAUGAAGGAGAUUAGGUGCUAUAAGGGCAUCCGCCACAAGCUAGGGCUGCCAGUUCGUGGACAGAGGACAAAGAACAAUUGCAGGACACUAAAGGGAAGGAGGGCUUCUGUUGCGAAGAAGAAGUCACCUGCUGCCCAGGAGGAAUAAGACACAUUGCCAUGUAUUUACUUUUCGGUUCUUUACCUCUUGUUUAUUUUUUGUAUACUGCAUGACAUCACUACUAUCUUGUACUCAUCUUCAAGUUUCAUGUUUUUGUCGUCAUAGAAGAAUCUUUGCAUAUUUGGAUGUAACCUGUUGCUGAAAAGUUUAUACUAGUUGUCACCUGGCUUACAUGAACCUAUGGUAAAUUAAGGUUACAUCCGUGUUUUACAUUCCAUCA